AAAAUUAUUAAACAGAUUGGACAUAAAACGACAACCGUCGUGGCAAUCGUGGUUGGAAUGUUGGAUCUUGGAUAUCAGUUAUCAGUACGUGUACAAUGUUUUUAAAAUAUGUGUUUCUCCUCGUAUGAAUAUUGGUAAUAAUAUUAUUGUACUUGACGUGUAUGAUAAUGUUAUUAUAUAGGUAGACAUUGUCACAGUAUAAUAUUGUGGUGUAUUAUUUUAUUACUCAAUUAUUUGACCUAAUAACAUCAGCACUAUCAUGCCACUAUGUAACGGCGUCGUACAAUUUAAAAAAAAAAUUAUCCUCUGCCGUUUGUUGUUUACUUUACACGAAUGACAACAAUUAGUCGCGAUUGAACUUCUCGUUAAUUAAACAAAACAACCACCUGAAUGUGUAAACAUGUUUAUUGAGCUCCCGAAGAGAAAACGAAAUCCCGCGCUAGGCGCUCUCCACAGUUGUCGGUUUGAAGCCAACACGACCGAAUGCACCUGUGCGAUUCCGUUUUAAGUCCGUGAUUGUUUUCAUUUGACACUCGCCGCCAUGGACGAAUCGACGUUCCUGAUGCUGCUGUCCGUCCUCAUGUUGGUGGCCAGUUACUUGUCGGGCAGCGUUCCGCUAGUGAUGACCAUGUCAGAAGCCAAGUUGGAACUCGUGUCCCUAUUCGGAGCUGGGCUCCUGGUCGGUACAGCAUUGGCUGUGAUAAUACCCGAAGGAAUCCAUUCCCUCUACUCGACUGUGGCGCCACACAAAAGUGCUGAUAAUAUAACAGUCGCUGUAGAUUUUAGUGAUGUGAAUUUUCAUUCGGUGAUUGGAGUUACAUUAGUAUUAGGAUUUACUCUAAUGUUGCUAGUUGAUCAGCUGUCAUCAAAAUAUACCAGAGAUGUAGAAGCCGGAUUUGCCAGCCGCAACUCAGGUAGCAUGACAGCUACCUUAGGUCUUGUAGUGCAUGCUGCUGCUGAUGGUAUUGCUUUGGGUGCUGCAGCUGCCUCAACUCAAACAGAAGUGGAAAUGAUAGUUUUUAUCGCAAUAAUGUUGCAUAAAGCACCAGCUGCCUUUGGUUUAGUCACCAUCCUAUUACACCAUGGACUUGACAAAAAAAGAAUACGUAGACAUCUGUUAGUAUUUUCUAUGGCAGCACCUUUAGGUGCAUUACUCACUUUCUUUUGCUUAGGACAGGAAAGUAAAGAAACAUUAUCAUCCAUGAAUGCCACUGGAGCUGCCAUGUUGUUCAGCGCAGGAACAUUUUUGUACGUUGCUACAGUUCAUGUACUUCCAGAACUGAUGGUCAAAGCUUCUAGAGGUGGCAGUGAUACUUUUAACCCAAUACAAUUAUUGUGCUUAGUAUGUGGUACUGUGACACCAUUAAUGUUGUCGGUCCACCAUGGCCACUAAGUAUAAGGACCCAAUACAUUUGUUACAAUACACAUCUGUUUCUUCAUUAUUGCUUGAUAAAAUCAUAUUUCAACAUUUCUUUAGUAAAUUAAGCGAGCUUAAACGCAAGUCAUUUUCUAUAGGCUACAAUUUUUCUAAACCAUAAUUUUUGUAUCCCUUAAACUUAAACAAAAACAUGAAGUCAAUACAGAAAAACGAUAUUCUGUUUUUGUUAACUGUUAAGAAUUUCAGUAAAAUAUUGUAGCAAUUAUUUUUAUGUAUCAAUCGUUCUACAUAUCCAACACAUAAUAGAACUUGAAUUUCAAAAUAUUUGGUUU